AUGGGUAGCUACGACUCCAACCCCUUCGCCGAAGAAGAUGUUAAUCCCUUCGCCGGUGGAGCAGCUAAAGGAAAAGCGUCGGGGCAAUCAAAUUAUGGUGGAGGUGCAUUCUAUACUACUAACCCAGGAAGUCUUCCCCCUGCAACAUCAAAGCUCUCACCCCUUCCUCCUGAGCCUUAUGAUCGCGGGGCAACUGUUGACAUUCCACUUGAUUCCUCAAAGGAUAUCAAGGCAAAGGAAAAGGAACUUCAAGCUAGAGAGGCUGAAUUGAAAAGAAGGGAACAGGAGCUAAAACGAAAGGAAGAUGCUAUAGCACGAGCUGGGAUAGUUAUAGAGGACAAAAAUUGGCCACCUUUUUUCCCCAUCAUUCAUCAUAACAUUGCUAAUGAAAUACCGAUACAUCUUCAAAGUAUCCAGUAUGUUGCAUUUACUACAUGGUUGGGUUUGAUUAUAUGUCUUAUAUGGAAUAUUGUGGCAGUUACUGUGGCUUGGAUCAAAGGAGAAGGUCCAAUAAUCUGGCUUCUUGCCAUAAUAUACUUUAUUUCCGGCGCUCCCGGAUCUUAUGUUAUGUGGUAUCGCCCUCUUUAUCGCGCUGCAAGGACGGACAGUGCUCUGAAGUUUGGCUGGUUUUUCAUGUGUUACAUGUUGCACAUUCUCUUUUGCGUUUUUGCUGCAGUUGCUCCUCCAAUUAUCUUCAAAGGAAAAUCUCUCACAGGUAUCCUACCUGCGAUUGAGUUGUUGGCUGACAAUGCAAUGGUUGGGAUAUUCUACUUUAUUGGGUUUGGAUUUUUCUGCCUUGAGUCACUGCUAAGCAUUUGGGUUAUUCAGCAAGUAUACAUGUACUUCCGCGGCAGUGGGAAGGCUGCGGCACUGAAGCGCGAGGCUGCCAGAGGAACCAUGAUGGCAGCUCUAUGA